AUGCAUUAUUAUUAUUAGGGAAAUAUGCAUCCUUAAUUAAAAGAAAAAUAAAAAGUCGAAUGAGAAUGUCCGUACAGUGGCAGCAUGUUUCGCCUCUCUUCCCGCUCUCCCCUUGAUGCGAUGCGUCCAACCAUCUCACUCUUUCUCUUCACUCUUUCUCUCUCUUCCUCUUUCUCUUUCCAUGUAGACUUGGAAAAAACUCCCCGGAAAGCAGACAACCCUCCACACAACGAUGAAUGACAGAUCCGAUGAAGACGACAGAAGGCCCCCGCCUCGAAAAGCCGCAACAAAAUCAGAAGAAGACAAAAAGUCAGCCCGAAAAGAGGAUAAGAAAAAUGCCCAGGCCCGAAAACAGAACGCCAAAACCAAAGACAAAUCCGAAGAAGAAUGCCGAAAGGCUCCCAGCGGGAAACACGCAGCAAAAGCCCACGUCAAAUUCGAGGAACCCAACGAAGACCGCUUAGCAGAGGACAACAACAGAGCCCGAAAGGAAGACGAUAAGGCCCCAAACCACAACGCCAAAACCAAGACCGCAGAAGAGCAGAACCACAGAUGCGCCGGGGAGCGGAACGAGGAGGACAUGCUGGCGGGGGUGUCCACCUCGCCGCCGCGCCGGAAAACGCAGUCCUACAGCCACCAGCUGAGGACGAACACGGUGCCGCACAACGCCAACAAGCGGCAGCACCAGCUCCGGAAGCACAGCCUCGACGAGAAUCGCAUGCUCAACCACCACCAGGGCAGCAAGAACAGCGGCUACUACAACGGCACACCGGACUCCUCCGACGAGGACGACUUCUAUCCCUACUCCACUAUCACCGACCACCAUGUUGACCACCAGAGGAUUGAGGCGGACGGCGGGGGCGGCGGUGAUGACCCUCACCAGCCAUUGAUGGAGUUUAUGGGCAAUGGCGGCGGUAUCGGGAUAUUCAAGGCGCCAAGUAGGGCGCCCGUCAACCCCAACCGCCCACCCUGCAUUGAGCUCCGCCCUCAUCCCUUAAGAGAAACUCAGGUGGGGAAGUUCAUAAGGACAAUUACAAGCACAGAGACACAGCUAUGGGCAGGGCAAGAAUCCGGAGUGAGAGUGUGGAACUACGCGGAUGCAUACAAGCCCGGGAUAGGGACGGGUGGGAGGGCGAGGAGGGGGGACGAGGAUGCUGCUCCCUUCUACGAAUCAGCCAGCACGCCCCCAACCAUAUGCCUCAUUGUUGAUCAAGGGAGCAAGCUGGUCUGGAGUGGCCACAAAGAUGGUAAAAUCAGAUCAUGGAAGAUGGACCUCAAUUUCUCAGACGAGAAUGGUUUUAGAGAAUGUUUUUGGUGGCAGGCACAUCGAGGCCCCAUUCUUUCCAUGGAGAUUUCUUCAUAUGGUGAUAUAUGGACAGGAUCUGAAGGCGGAACUAUAAGGGUCUGGCCAUGGGAGGCUGUGGAGAAAUCGCUCUCUCUCUCGCCCGAGGAGAAACACAUGGCAACUCUCUUGGUGGAGCGCUCGUGCAUCGACCUCAAAAGCCAUGUUACGGUUAAUGGCGCCUGCAGUAUUUCUUCUUCAGAUGUCAAAGCUUUGGUGUCUGAUCAUGUCCACGCCAAAGUGUGGGCAGUUGGCUCACUAUCCUUCUCCCUAUGGGAUGCUCGCACGAGGGAGCUCGUCAAAGUGUUCACCGUGGACGGCCAGACGGAGAAUCGGCCGGAUGAGAAAUCGUCGUGCCAGGAGCAGCAGCCGGUGGAGGAUGAGGCGAACGUGAAGCUGGUGUCCAAGUCGAAGAAGGAGAAGUCCAACUUCCUGCAGCGGUCGCGCAAUGCCAUCAUGGGGGCUGCGGAUGCUGUGCGGAGGGCGGCAAAGGGAGGCGGGACGUCCGAGGAUGGCAAGAGGACGGAGGCCAUAGUGCUGGCCUCGGACGGGAUGAUCUGGACGGGCUCUUCUAACGGCACGUUGAUCCAGUGGGACGGAAACGGCAACCGCGUGCAGGAAUACACUCACCACCCUUGUGGCAUCCUGUGCUUCUGCUGCUAUGGCGCGCGGAUAUGGAUCGGAUACGUGAGCGGGAUGGUCCAGAUCAUCGACCUAGAAGGGAACUUGAUAGCCGGUUGGGUCACGCAUAACGGCCCGGUUAUAAAGCUGGUCGUUGGGAAUGGCUGCGUCUACAGCUUGGCCACCCACGGAGGUAUCCGUGGAUGGCACGUCUCCUCGCCCUCGCCUGUGGAUGACAUACUGCGCACGCAGCUGUCCGACAGGGAGAUCAGAUACACGAGGCUCGAGAACCUGAGGAUCUUGGUCGGGACGUGGAAUGUUGGGCAGGGGAGAGCCUCCCACGCCGCACUCAUGUCGUGGCUGGGCUCUGCUGUGGCAGACGUCGGCAUUGUUGUUGUGGGACUGCAGGAAGUGGAGAUGGGAGCCGGUUUUCUUGCAAUGUCAGCUGCUAAAGAAACUGUAAAGAAACAAGUAGGGCUAGAAGGAAGUGCUAUUGGGCAGUGGUGGCAAGACCACAUCGGCAAGGCGUUGGACGAAGACAAUACCUUCGAACGCGUGGGGUCUCGCCAGCUAGCCGGCUUGAUGAUAGCAAUCUGGGUGAGGAAGUCUCUCCGGAGCCACGCUGGGGACCUCGACGUUUCAGCAGUCGCGUGUGGCUUGGGCCGCGCAAUUGGUAAUAAGGGAGGAGUAGGGCUGAGGCUGAGAGUGUACGACCGGAUAAUGUGCUUCGUCAACUGCCAUUUGGCGGCGCACUUGGAAGCCGUGAACAAGAGGAAUUCCGAUUUUGAUCAUAUAUUUCGGAACAUGACAUUUGCAAGAUCAUCAAACUUGCUCAACAACUCUGCUGCCGGUGUAUCAUCAGCCGCUCAGAUGCCUCGCAGCGCGAAUGACAAGAGCCCUGAUGAUGGGAAGCCUGAUCUUGCUGAAGCAGAUAUGAUCAUCUUCUUUGGCGACUUCAACUACCGUCUCUUUGGAAUAUCAUACGACGAAGCAAGAGACUUCGUUUCUCAGAGAAGCUUCGACUGGCUCCGGGAGAAGGACCAGCUUCGUGCAGAGAUGAAGGCCGGUAAAGUCUUCCAAGGAAUGCGCGAGGCGCUUGUUAGGUUUCCUCCCACCUACAAGUUUGAAAGAGGGAAGCCGGGAUUAGGAGGCUAUGAUUCGGGCGAGAAGAAGAGGAUCCCGGCCUGGUGCGACAGAGUGCUGUAUCGCGAUAACAGAUCGAAUCCCUCAGAUGAAUGCAGCUUAGAGUGUCCUGUUGUGGCUUCCAUAUUCCAGUACGAGGCGCGUAUGGACGUGACGGAGAGCGAUCACAAGCCGGUGCGCUGCAAGCUCAACGUCGACAUUGCCCACGUUGAUAGAUCCGUGAGGAGGCAAGAGUUCGGAAAGAUUCUCGAGUCGAACGAAUCCAUCAAACCGCACCUCGAAGCACUGCGGUUCGUGCCGGAAACCAGUCUCAACACCAACAAGAUAUUGCUCAAUAAUCAAGAUACCAUCAGCUUCAACAUCACAAACAUGAGCAAGGAACACUCUGCCUUCUACCAAAUCCUAUGCCAAGGCCAGGCCACGGUCAACGAGAACGAGGUAGCGUCGGAAUACCGCCCUAGAGGCUGGCUUGGCUUCCCCCGAUGGCUCGAGGUGACUCCUGCAGCCGGCAUGAUCGGACCCGAACAAGUCGCAGACGUGUCGGUGCAUCACGAGGAGUUCCACACGUCGGAGGAGUUCGUUGAUGGGAUCCCUCAGAGCUGGUGGUCCGAAGACACCAGAGACAAGGAGGUAGUCUUGUUGGUGAAUAUAAGAGGAAGCUGCACGUCGCAGCCGAGAACUCACCGGGUACACGUACGGCACAUCUUCUCCGGGAGCCCUCCUUCGACUACUGCCGCCCCCGCAGCGGCUCAACCUUCCAUGGAACCAAAACGGAAUACUUCCAAGAAACAUGGAACGGGUUCCCACAGAGGAGGCCAGCACUGAUGUAGCCGGUGACAAACAAUCUUCAUGUAAAAUUGUACAUAGCUACCUAGUUAUUAGUAGACAAUGAUUUUUACAGUUAUGCAAAAUAUGAAGCAUAUCACCAGAUUUCAAUGAAGAAUAUAUGAUCAACAAACAAGAUGAGGAUUUCAAAAAUCAGGCCUUCUUAUUUCUGAUAAUAAUAUGCUGUAUCAAAUAUAGGCAGCAACAUCAAUUACAAAAAUAUACCUAGCAACAUCUCAUGGUAGGCUGAUAGCUCCUAAUUAGAACUAGUCAAUAUACUCUACCACAAUGCAUAUACAGACGGCGUGGAAGUAACGGCGGCAGUGCUGCUACGAUGUAGAGGGCAACGAAGAUAUACAUACUGCCUGAGCUGAGCCCAACAUCAGGUGGUUAGGCAGCUUGUACUACUUAUAGAGAGCACGUUUGAGUAGCCAGUGUUGCGUGAAUACAAAAGAAUGUGAACUUAGACGGCGUACAUACGCUUAUAUCUUUCGCUGUAUAUCUCCGUGUCGGACGCCAUAGACAGGGAGAAGGAACGGGAAAGCGUACUAGCUCUUUUCAUGCUGUUUCUCAUCCUCGAGUCUUCCAGUCUAUGUCGAACCACACAGUAGCACAUGGAGCCAAUCGUCGUCAUCAUGAUCGUGCCACCAAUGACAGUAGCGCACACAGCAAGCCAUUGCUCGUGAGCACCGACCACUAUAUAGGUGAGUGAGAUAAACGCAAUGGAGAUGAAGAGGCAAGCCAGCCACAUGAGCUUGUUUAUGACAAACAUGAGUUGCUUCUUUGCCUUCUGCUCUAUCACGACCACGGAUGUCUGUACCACCACCACGGCCAGGGAGAUGAACAAGGCCACGCUGUCGAACAGAAAGAAUAUUAUGAAAGCCGCUUUGUUCGCGAUGUGAGCUUCACCUAACGAAAACCCUUUCUCUGGAUCCUCUACGUACUGACCGGGGACGGUGAAUAUAGCAGCGAAAGCGACAGUAGCGAUGAGAACAGCGACGACAGUGGCAGAAUUGAUGGCGUUGUUGAGACCCUCGAUGUGAAGCUUCUUCACUUUCUUUGCAAUCUUCCGUACCCUGAACCCCGUCUGACGGGUCUGUUGAAGUUGGGACUGGACGUCGUGCUUGAUAUCACUAACCGUCUGUUUCAGUUGCUUUGCUGAACUCGGGGGUUUCCCGUGAUCUUUGGAAUGAACGGCUCCCGCUUCCUUCAACAAGGCGACUAGUUCCGGAGUUCCAAACUUCUCUGCAAUAUCUAGAGGCGUCUCUCCAGCACUAUUAGUGGAGUUCACGUCGAUCCCCUCCGCGGAUAGUAAACAUUGCACCAUCUG